UUGCACAUGUCACGCAUUAAGAACGGUCCAUCCCCGUUUGCUGGAGGGAGACGUUCACGUUCUCGGGCUACGAGCUACGAUCUAUCUUGAGCGGGUUCCUCCCGCGGUUCUGCCAACAACAUUGUGAUUCAGUGACGUGCUGACUGGACUGGACUGGACGCAGCGAAGCACAAUAAAAAUAGAGGCAGACGCGUGUGGGCCCACAGCACACGGAGUCUGUAAAUACACAGCGUCACGAGUGGAGCAAGUGACAGAUCAGAGCUAAUUAGAGGCACAAACAAAUGCAGACUGUCCCACGGGUCCAAGCGACAAACACGUCCGAGGACAGUUAUUACAUAACGUCCAUGUCCCCGUGUGCAUGAGCAUGUUAGAUAGUAACAGAUGAAUCAAAUCAUCACAUUUUCAUUCGGAAGCAUUUUCUAUGGCUUUCCACUAAGAGGCGUUUGUUUUACUUAUCACUGUCUCUGCAGAAUGUGGAAUACCGCUGUUAAUUUGGGACGCCUGGCUGAUCCCACAUACAGUUGAAGUCUCACCUGACAGUAUGUCUGCACGGGCAGAGAAGCAGGCUGCUGUUGUGGAGACUGUCACUGUUAAUCGCUGCUCUGACUGUAACUCAAGUUGAUGGAGCCGGGGACGAAAAGGAGGCGGCUCCACCCCCACGACUGAACGCUGGAAUGUUUUGUCUGAAUUUUACAAAUCUGAUUUUUCCGACCAGAACGUCCCGCGCAGCGUGACCACGUUGGCGGCGUGACUAUUUAAACGCGAUAGCACCGCUCGGCGUGACGCACAGCCGCAUUUAAAUGAGCUCAUUCCACAAGGUAGACGCAUUUUGUGACAAGAUAUGGAAAUUUGAGGGCCACGAGAUAGUGAUAAAACGCUGUAAUGAAUAACUCACAAACUGUUUGACGUUAGAUCAUGUUCAUGCAAACGUCUCCUCCCACAGAGCUUCUUGGGCAGUUUUUAGCCCAUUGUAAUUGAAUUUCUGUCUGUUUGUUCAUGUUGUUGUGUUAAUUGAGGCCUGAGUCUCUGAUAUCAGUAUUCUUCCUUGUUUUAUCAGAAGAGCUGCUCAGCCACUGGUUUCAUUAAAAGCUACAACUCUGCGGUUCGUAGUGAGUCCGAGUCUUAAACAGAGCCUAUUAUAAAUUCCUCAUAACACCGAGUGCCCUGCUCGUUACGCAAGCAGCCUGGACCGGAACCAAGCAAGCAACAAGUGAGUGAAAAAACGGCCUUCGCUUCACAAACGCUCCGCAGCUGCUUCGACGGUCGCCGUGUGUUUUGGCUGUUCGGCCUUGAAACAGAACCAGGACCUGAACGCAUGCGGAGGGCGCUGCGCUCCAGACACCAGUGGCUUUGUCUGCCCGAGGCUAAAUCCACUGCUCUCCACUGUCCAAAUCCCUCAGCCAUAAACAAACAGCCUCAGGUAACCUUUGCUGACCAUCAAGGGCGCCCACAUGACUCGCUGGCCAUCAGCAGCCUAAUAAAUGCAGCCAGGUUGCGAAGGAGGCCAGAAGAGAAAGAGAGAGAGAGCGAGAGAGAGAGAGAGAGAGAGAGUGAGUGAGAGCGGGACAAUCGAGGGCGACGGAGUCUGUGAAGUUUGUGGAGGAGGAGAAGAGCGCGAGGCAGGACAGGGGACCGGUUCUGAGGAGGGGGGGGCGACCCAGAGGCGGCGGUGAUCCUUUCUGCUUGGAGUCAGAACACUCGGGUCCGGAGCCAUGGAUCCCUCCAUGUCGACCGAGGUGGAGGGAGAACCCAAGGAGAGGAAGAAGAUCCACUUUGCUGUGCCGGCCUCGGCCCCCACCAACCUGGACCCGCGGCAGGUGGAGAUGAUCCGGCGCCGGAGGCCCACGCCCGCCACGCUGUUCAGAGUGGCCGACCAGGCGUCCCCCGACGACGACCAGUCGAGCCACCAGGUAAAGUGGGUUGUUGGGGAAAACGGAGUGCUUAAGCCAAAGCGCGUCAACCCCAACGUUUAUCAGCCUCCAUCACUCAAAGCGGUGCAGAAGAUGGCCGAGGCACACAUGCAGAGCCUCGGCGUCCACCCCCCUUUGGAAGACCCUUGUGAAGGGGAGGAGGACGAGGAGCGCUGGGAGGGAGAGAGGGGAGAGGACAUGUCUCCCACCAAAACCGCUGAUCAUCAAGAAACAGCAGCCACUGAACAGUCAGGGAGGUUUUCCAGCGUAAGAGAGGCGGCCAAACAGAUCCAAGCAGCACAGGAGGAGGAGGAGGAGGAGGAGGAGGAGGAGGAAGAUGAGGAGGGGGCCAAGACUGAGGGAACGGUGAAGGGGAGCAGCCGGGGGAGUAACUGAAAGACAGGGAGCGGGGCAAAUAUUUGGAGGGAAUUUUUGAGGACAGUGAAGUUGUGUAGUUGUCAGAUGGUUCAAAUCUGAAGAACUCAUUAAAGAUGAAGUAAUUGCUGUUCUUUUUUGUGCAUGUCUGAAUGUGUGGGGUCUGAACGCACGCGCGGCGGCGAAUGGUGAACUGAAAGCAAGAUUCCUGCUCUUGACCUCUAAAGGCUCAGAUGGAUUAAAGAGGAGGCAAACAGGGAGUUUUUGUCUCAGAGGCCAGCCAAUAUGGGGAUGUGAUGAGUGAUCUAUGGACAGAGCAGACUAAAGACGCUGUUUUGGCCCCAAUGUCCCCUUUUUUAUAAUGAGAGUGGAGGGGGCCAAGGUCAACAUGGCCAAAUGCCCUAAAUGCCCAAAACACCAGUGAUUCCUUUACACCUUUACUUCUGGACAGAGCUAAAUGUUGCUUUAAAGACAAUAUUAAUUACCACUAGAGACGACACACAUAACAUGUUGUAUAUGUUCCACUUUAUUCUGAAACCAUCCCGUUUAUUUGGCUAUUUGGAAAAUAAAAUGUACACAUGCUGUCAUCUGGUGGUAGAAGGUGGAAAUGACGCGAUUACCAGUAAUCCUAAAUAUUUUCUCACAUUCAAAUACUCUUAUAGAACUAGAUUAAGUAAAGAAACACAGGAGCAUUUUUAUUCGUUUUAAAGGUUAUUAAUAAAUCUGUAAGCAACGUUUUAUUGCAUGGCAGCUUCCUCUUUGUGCUCUUUGGCCUGUCACAAUUUUCGCUCACCUCACUCAUCAGUAGAAUGGAUCCAGGCUUACAAAAAUAUAAAGGCAUUUGAGGUAGAGUGUCAAGAACCAAAAUCUGUGUCUAUUAUUUAAUAGCUUGAGACAAUAGGUGAAUGUGUGUGGUUAGUAUACCUCACCUUUCAGAUUUGAAUACUUCAUGUUUAAAAGGGCAAAUCUACCUCUUGUUUCUUAGAAAUAGAGAACUCAGUCGUUACCUCCACUCGUCGACCAUUUUGAGCUUACUUCAUCUUGAACUGACACUUGUUAGCAGAUCAAAAAUGUCCUUCAAAUCUUUUCCAGCACUGUUUACUCAUUCUGCAUUCCCCAGUGAUCACAAGUUUCCCUUUUGUAUGUUAACACUUUUCUAAUGUUUCGCUCAUGAUUUGUAUGUUUUAAGAGCUAUUUUUCUAAUCUCGUGUCCAGUGUGAGUAGCAUGGUUCUAGCUUGUUCUGGUAAAUACAUUACAACAUAACUGAAGAUACGUUACAUAGCUGUUAGUUGUGCAGGGUGUAUAAAACGUCCUGUUUGUAUCAUCUGGGCGCAUGUUUGUGUGUAAAAUAUUCUGACCUCUGAACUGCUCACACUGUGGGAUACGUGUGCUGAGGCACUCCCUUCACUUCGAUCACUGAAAGACGUGUGAACUUUUAUGCUUAAUCUUUCUAUACUUUUAUUCUCUUUUCUUGUUUCUCAGUGUGCUUGUUUCAACAACAACAACAUAAUAUCAAAAUAAACAGUGGUCUGUUUCUUCUCUCA